UUUGGCGAGAUUCAACUUGGCCAAUUCAAGUAACUGUUCAGUAUGCAACGUGGAGGACACAAUUGAGCAUUUCAUUCUACACUGCACACAAUUCUCCAACCAACGAAGGGAUUUCCGCUCAAGAAUAGAAGGCCUUUCACUUCAGUGGGAUCUUUCCUCAGCUCUUGGCGGUGGAGAUGCCCCAAUGAGGAGACGCACUGCUGCCAUCCGUCUUCUGGGUCAAUAUUUGCACAGCUGCAAUAUGGUGACCAGGCUAUGAAGUUCCUCAAAGUCUAAUUACUAUUUUUCUUUUUCUCCUCACUAUUUACUGCCACACUGGUUGGUGGAAGUGCUGAAAGAGAAAUACAGGGUGAAAUCAACAAGUGAAGUGGAGUGAUCAAAAUCUGAGUUGUGCUCAGGCUGGGAGGUGUGCUACCUGCAUACCCGAAGUCUUCAAAUCAAAUUAAAAAAAAAAAAAAAAAAGAGCAUUCACCUUUGUCGAGUCUCCCUGAACAAUUCAAUGAUUGAAAUUUGAAGAGGAUCUCCAGAGCUCUUCAACUUUAAAUAAAGAAGAAGAGUUGAGACUUGAAAGGUGCCCCGAUGCGUGAGCCCUUGAGUUGAGAUAGUGAGAAGAUCCGACUCGGCACUCAAUUGACAGCUCUCUUCAGACUCUCCUCAUAGUCUCACACCGCUGAUUACCAGUCCGAGUCAAGGAAUCAGGGAAGAGGGUAUUCACUCACGGUCUUUGAAGUCACGGCCAGGGCCAGAGCCAGUCGGCCAGCCUGUUUGAAAUUUAAUGCAGAGCAUAUGUUCAAAAUGAGUCGACGCCCAAUUGUUUCUUAUGCUGGAGAUUGCAGCCUUUUUUGUGGCCUCCAAGGCAGUUUGGUUGCUGCUCUUCCAGAAGAAUCUGUGGAAUGGCGACGUUCAUUUGGCAGGAGUUCAAAGUUUGUUCACAUUGAAGUGGACUUUGUGCCCUACUCUGAAGAGUGCCUGGUGAAGGAGCCUGGCUGCAGUGUGCUGCAGCUACCCGUCCUAUACACCUACUGGACUGAUUGCACUGACAUCGAGACAUACAAGACUAGCUUACGAGAGAAGGUCCAGAAAUGGGUUGGCGAGCUACGCGAGCGUGGCAUUAAUGACUGGAUGGUUGUUGUGGUUGGAGCGCCAGAUGCGCGAAAACCCAACAAACUCUUGCCGCGAACUACCGUGCUCGAUAAAAUGAAAACUGACUUUGGUGGCAAACAGGCGGAGAGGUGCGUGUCGCUGUAUGAACCUGUCAAGACUGACUCGCGGUCCAUGGAGUCCUGGCAAUCCCUGCUGGCCAAAAUGCGCAGCCUGGUCAUGGUGGCCUAUAACCGCGCUCUCAACAAGUUUGAAGAGAGUAUGCGGGCUGAGCGAGAGCGACGCACAGAAAAAACAUGGAGUUUUUGUGAGUAUUUUAGCAUCCAAGAAGAGCUCGCCGAGGUGAUGCUGCUACUGGGGGUAAUGGAUGAAGCCCUCGUGCAGUAUGACGAACUGGAUGCUCUUCUUACGCAGUUUGUUCUCAACUCUGCGGCAGGAGAUACGCCACUGUGGCUAACAAAAUUCACGGAGUCGUGCGAGCGAUGGGAAGGCCUCUUUAUAAGCACUGAGCUCAACAAAAGACUCCAGGAGAAAAUCCAUAGCGGAGAAACUUCUCUGCUGCAGCUUAGAAACUACCUCUUCCAGCAGCAAGCCGCUGUGCUCCUCAGACUCAAUAAACCAUGGGAGGUUGCAAGUCGGGCUCUGAGUUUCCUGCAGAACACGGCCAAUGAGCUGCAGAUUCUUCAGGUUGGCAUUGCCCCGGGCGGCGUCGCGUGCUGGGGGUUCCUCUCUUGCCUCGAAGUCAUACAUUCGCUGGCUCGCUGCAGCAGCAGCAGUGGAACCACCAGCCCCCACACUCGCCACAUUGCUCCCCUGUGGGCCUAUGCUAGAGAAAAGCUACAGGAACUGGGCAAACUGUGUGGACUGCAUCCUGACGUAGAAGGCAGUGAGAAGCUUCAUGCUGUCGUCGCCCUUGUAUGUGGCAUGGGCGACGACCCUCACGCGGACAACGUAGGGCGACGCCCUCACCAGGUGGACGGUGCCGCCCCCAGCGCCGUCAAGGAACCUGAAGGGGCGGAUGAUGGAGCCUCGACCUUCAGCGUGGCCAUGCUCGAGCAGGAUGGCAUGUCGCCCAUGACAAGACUUAAAGAAGCGUUGUCUUCCAAGGAAGCGUUUAGGAAGCACUAUCUAGAGCUCUCAGAAGUUGCAAUCAGCACCUGCAAACAUAUCGGACACGUGCGUUGCGCCCGGCUGAUUGGGCGCGACCUCGCUUCCUUUUACCUGAGUCUGGGACAGCCCCAACAGGCAGCCAACUUCUUGGGUGACUUGCUACAUAGCUUCACUGAUGGUUGCUGGCCUCUGCUAGCUGCCGACACCAGAGACAAACUCGUCAUCUGCUACACAGCUAUGGCAGACUGGCCCAAGCUGCUGCGUGUGGGCAUCGAGCUGGCGUGCUGCUCUCAAGUGGCGCACGAGCGACGCGCUGCUGCGUUCGGUGCUGUGCAGCGAGCCAUCACGGAGCUCAGUGAAGGAGGAGACUCGGUGUACCUAUCAGCUCAAGACGUGGUGAAGGUGGAGGAGGUGAGCAUCACGUCACAUUCCCCUCUGACGGUCGGCGCCACACUGACUGCAAACGUUAAAUUGCGCUCCUCGCUACCUUUAUCUUUGGCGUUUGGCAGCGUUGAGGUGCUAUUGAAGCUCCAGAUGCCGGACGACACCGCAAGCGUUGGCAGCAGCGGCAGCGGCGGAGGACGCAAGCGCAGCGGCGACCCGUCCCGCGUUGAGCGACGAGUGUCGGCCGUCGUUGGUGGUGCUGUGCAUAAGCACUCAACCGUUGCUGUCAUGAGAAGCAACUCGGCAGGGAGCGAGUCGAGCGAGCGCCGCGUGGUAGGGGAGACUGAGGACGCCCCUACCGACAGGCUGCACAUGAGCCUGCAUUUAGACUACAAGCAGGACAACACGCUCGCCUCGGCUGCCGUCCACUGCGCCAACACUCAUGCCGCUCUCAGCCGCCGCGACAGCCACAGCAGGCUGUCGUGCGCAGCAGAGACCGCGUCACUCACCAGGGAGAAGAGCGACGUCGUCUUGUGUGCUCGUGACGUUACCGUCACUCCCGGGACUUCGUUUGUCACGCUCUCAGCGCAGGUGCCCCAUAGAGGAUUACUGUCCUGCAAAGGUGCCGUUCUGCGCAGCCGCUGCCUAGAGCUUGUGCAGCAUAGCCCGCCUAACCUAACCGGCGCAGGAGGAGCAGUGGAGGUGCUGCAAAUGGCACCUCGCCUCGCACUCGGGCGUAAAAGUCGUGAGCUGCUGGCCGGUCUGCCGCAGCAGAUGUUGCUCACCGUCCACGCCGGCACUGCUCCGAUCCUCCAGGACACGCCUGUGGAGUUGAGAUCAUCACGCGGACUGCUCUUGAGCCCAAGUGUGUGGAACGUCACUGAAGACGGGCGUCGUCUCGUCACCACUUCUGAUCUGUCCCAUUCAGACCUUCGCUGCGGCAAGAAUACUGCUUCUGCCCCUGAUCCUCCCAUUACUGUUCCCUCUGCCUUUGCUCCUACUACUGAUGGUGUCACUACAUCUAACAUUCCUCCUGCCGCUGUUUCCGCCCCUGCCACUGAAGUCACCUCUGCUAUUGACGCCACUACUACCACAAAUUCAACACUAGCCACAGACGUCAUCUCUGCCCCUGCAGCUACUUCUGCCGCCACCACCCCGAAGUCCAGUCACGUAGCUAGUGAGAGCGCUGGUUGCGGUGGUGCGGACGAGCACGAAAUGGUCCGCGAGCUGCAGGUGCUGCUGCCCGCAGCGCCGAUGCUGUCGUCCGUCACGCUCGAGCUUACGGUGCUGGCGCUGCUCGGCCCUCAGCGCGACACCAAUGCCGUCGACCACAUCGUGUCCAUUAGCAGUCCAAUGCUGCAGCAGCCCAGACAAGAUAUUGACGUUCACUUCAGCCCACCUUUCUGUUCCGUCUCCAAGUUACACACCGCCAACAUAAAAAAGUUCUUCCAGGUUAAGGUGACUGGCCUCGUGAGCGAGUGUCUCGAACUGAGGGAUCCCAGCCUGCGUCUCCAGCAACCAUCCUCUCCAAGCUCACCUCUGCCACUGACAGCUUUCAACACUCCGAAUCAGAUUUUGACGGUGAGCAGCGAGCAGUCGUGCAGUUACAUGUGGGAGCUGGGGGUAGACUACAGCACAAUGGUUACGCCGCCUCUCAAGCUUGAGUUUGGAGUUCAGUACAGCGCCCCUAGCGCCCAGCCUGACGCUGCACGGACUUACCGCUGCACCUUUGACCUCUGCGACUAUAAGACUGUAUUUACGAUCAAAUCACGAGUGGAGCCAAGCAAGGGGUCGGAGUUUUGUCGUGCUGGGUCCAUGUGCCACUUGCUCAUCACUAUCGAAGCCACUCCUUUCCCUUCAAACGACGCACUUCCAACGGAAGUUGUCACGGGUGAGGACGGAGUGACAGGCAGACAAGACCGUAAGAUUAGCGGUGCCGGGGACAGCGUGUCCUACGACUCCAUAAUGUACGAGGUGCUCGCUGACCAGACCAUGUGGGCGGUCUGCGGGCGUACGUCUGGCGUGUUGUCUGUGGAGUGCGCUAGUCGACGCCAGAACGUAACGCUGGACGUGAUGCCGCUGUUGGGAGGCUUCCUUCCUCUGCCUUCAGUGCGGCUAUCCAAAUACAUCCCUGCUGACGUCAAGCGCCCUGACUCCGUCGUCGGCACGGCCUCUUCUAUUCCUAAACUAGAGCCUUUUGCUCCCGGACAGGUGUACAACUUCAGUAAAGGAACGCAGGUACACGUGCUCACUGCCGUGACAGGAGGAGGCGCCCACGAUGUAACCUUGCCCUGAGACGCUUCCAGCAUGAAAAUCAUCCUCAGAUAUAGUAUUAAAGGAGCGAUUAUAAUUUGCAAUUAUUAUUAUAAUGAACCGAUAAAACAAUGAAAUUUAUCCUUCACCUACAUGAGAAAUAAUCAGCGAUAUUAUUUAUUGUGCGCGAUGUUGACUUGUUUUCUAGCUGUGCGAUUUACGGUGGUACGAACCCUUCCCAAUUUAUGUCCUGUUACCGCUACGUUCAGAUGAUUUAAUCAGUGUUAGUGUUUAAUUUUUUUAUAUUUAUUGUUUUGUACUCGUUAACUCUAUCACUUAACGGUUCCGCUAACCUAGCAUAUUCCUGCUUAUUAUUAAAUAAAAUGUUACAUGAAAAUGGUCCA